UGCUAGCCGUGGUUGGAGGUAGACGCGUUGACCCUUUGUCUCCCUGCCUCCCGUCACUCGCUCGGAUGCGAUGAGCUCAAGUCGUGAGUUUUGAGAGAACGUGAUGCGCAGCGCUGCUUCUCGUCCCCUCUGAGACAGAAACCGUACUUCGAGUCAAACGCUCGCCGGCGGAGGAGCCGUUAUACGUGUUCAGCAGGAGGACAAGCGGAACCAACAAUGGAAAAAUUCGAAAAGAAGUUCGUGAAGGAGGAGCGAGGGAGGGAUCUGGAGAGCAGUAGGCCGGAUGCGAAUAACAACAAUGACAAUAACAGUGACAGCAACAGCAGCUCCCCCGAGGAGCACUCCGACGCGGCCAAGUCCCCGGGCCCCUCCGGCGGGAAGUACCAGCUGCGGCCGCGGUCGGUUCACGCCCGGCGCCUCUGCGACAGCGACUGGAGCUUCGGGGAGAGCCUGCGACACAAGCCGCGUGCGGCGCCGCUGUCCAGGUACCGCAGGAAGACCGCCAACGCCCGGGAGCGCUACCGCAUGCGGCAGAUCAACACCGCCUUCGAGAGCCUCCGCGGCGUGUUGCCGUCGUGGGUGUGCAGUCGCCGCGCCGCCUCGGACAUGACCAAGAUCGCCACGCUGAAACUCGCCUCCGCCUACAUCCGGUCCCUGCAGGACAUCCUGGACGGCAGCGCCCCGCAGGACACGUGCUCGUGGGUCCUGUCCACUAUCCUGGAUGGCCCCUCGGCCAAGCAAAAGGCAACCCCGAGCGACGCUCUCUCCAGCAAGCUCAGCGCAGGCAUGAAGCCCGACCACGAGGCGAGCGAAAUCGCCCACACUUCCGUCGAGGCCGACUUCGUGUCCCUCCUGUGUGAGGCGUCCAGUUCGCAGGCGUUCGAGGACAACCUCGCGGCGUUCCCCUACCUGACGUCGAUGUCCGACCCCGACCCGGUGUCCCUCCUGCUGGGGGUGCCUGACCCGAGCCCCGGGUGCUGGGAGGGCGCCGGGGGAGGCAGUGGGGGUCAGCACGGGGCUCCCCUCGUCACUUGAUGAAGGCGUCGCCCUAUGCCCUUCGGUACCCCACUGCCUGAUGCUACGUAAUCCUAUAAACAGAAAAAGAGAGAGAAAACAAUAACAUAGAUAUUUUCUGUUGUUCAAUGAUGAUACCUUACGUGACUGUGAUAAUACAAGAUCCUUGUAGAGAUACUCCUGAAACUUGUCAUAAUUUUGUGAUGAAACAAAAAGAUUAAAUGUGUUUCAAGUAUG